GAACAUAGAUUAUAACGAAGGGAACACGUGUAAGUCAAUGAGAGUGUUUAGUACAGUACAGUUGUUUAUGUUUGUAGCUGCUGUCACUCUCCCCUACAACUUGCACGCUUUCUUUCUAACUGUUGUUGCACUUUAGGGUUUCAGCUCUUUGCUUUAGUUUUUCAUCUGCCUCUUUUGAGCCCUAGAGAAUUGUGGUGAUGGCUGAAGAAGAAAAUGGUGGAUCCACAGAGGCUCUGCCCCCUCCUCCUCCUGUUCCAGCUGAUAUCUCUCCAGUAAAAGCAGAACCAGAGCCGGUGAAGAAAAAGGCUUUACGUGUUCCCAUGGCAAGGCGUGGCCUUGGAAGCAAGGGACAAAAGAUUCCGAUCCUUACCAAUCACUUUAAAGUGAAUGUGACUAAUGUUGACGGAUACUUCUUUCAUUAUAGCGUUGCGCUAUUUUAUGAGGAUGGUCGGCCUGUUGAGGGGAAAGGAAUUGGCAGAAAAGUUCUGGAUACAGUGCAUGCAACAUAUGAUACAGAAUUGGCUGGGAAGGACUUUGCAUACGAUGGGGAGAAAAGUUUGUUCACCAUCGGUUCGCUACCCAGAAAUAAAUUAGAGUUCACGGUUGUACUAGAUGACAUAACAUCUAAUCGGAACAAUGGCAACUCCAGCCCUGGCGGACAUGGAAGUCCUAAUGAAACUGAUAGGAAAAGAUUAAGGAGGCCGUACCAAUCAAAAACUUAUAAGGUGGAGAUUAGCUUCGCUGCCAAGAUACCGAUGCAGGCAAUUGCAAAUGCUUUGCGCGGUCAAGAGUCUGAGAACUCUCAAGAAGCCUUGCGAGUUCUGGAUAUAAUUUUAAGGCAGCAUGCUGCAAAACAGGGUUGUUUACUUGUUCGUCAAUCCUUUUUCCAUAACGACCCUAAGAAUUUUGCGGAUGUUGGAGGUGGUGUUCUUGGCUGCCGAGGGUUCCAUUCGAGUUUCCGAACCACUCAGUCUGGAUUGUCUUUGAACAUUGACGUGUCUACCACGAUGAUAAUCCAGCCGGGCCCUGUGGUUGACUUUCUGAUAGCGAACCAAAAUGCAAAAGAUCCCUUUUCACUUGAUUGGGCGAAGGCAAAACGAGUGUUGAAGAAUCUGAGGGUGAAGACUGCUCCCGCUAACCAAGAGUUCAAAAUAACUGGAUUGAGUGAAAAACCUUGUCGUGAGCAGACGUUCACUCUGAAGCAGAGGGGCAAAGAUGCGGAUGGUGAAGUGCAAACUUCAGAAGUGACAGUUUAUGAUUACUUUGUUAAUCAUCGUAACAUAGACUUGCGAUAUUCUGCUGAUUUGCCGUGCCUCAAUGUUGGAAAGCCUAAACGUCCAACCUAUUUCCCCAUUGAGCUCUGCACUCUGGUCUCAUUGCAAAGGUACACAAAAGCCUUGUCCACCUUCCAGAGGGCUUCCUUGGUGGAGAAAUCUAGACAAAAGCCUCAGGAGAGAAUGCAAAUUCUAAGCAAUGCACUGAAAAUCAACAAUUAUGAUGCUGAACCUCUGCUUCGUUCUUCUGGCGUCUCAAUCAGCAGCAACUUCACCCAGGUUGAGGGGAGGGUUCUGCCUGCCCCUAAGUUGAAGGCAGGAAAUGGAGAUGACCUUUUCACGCGAAAUGGCAGGUGGAAUUUUAAUAAUAAGAAAUUCUUUGAUGCUGCAAAGGUAGAGCGUUGGGCUGUUGUCAACUUUUCUGCACGCUGUGACGUUCGUGGGCUAAUCAGAGAUUUGACAAGACUCGGAGAGAUGAAAGGAAUUAGUGUGGAAGCUCCAUUUGAAGUGUUUGAAGAGUCUCCACAGCUUAGAAGAGCUCCACCGAUGGUCAGAGUUGAUAAAAUGUUUGAAGAGAUCCAGUCAAAACUUCCUGGUGCCCCAAAAUUUCUUCUCUGUCUUCUUCCUGAGAGGAAAAAUUGUGACAUAUAUGGACCAUGGAAGCGGAAAAAUCUGGCCGAUUAUGGUAUAGUGACCCAAUGCUUGGCUCCUGGAAGAGUCAACGAUCAGUAUCUCACAAACCUUCUCCUUAAGAUCAAUGCAAAGCUUGGUGGUUUAAAUUCUAUGUUAGCUGUUGAGAUUUCUACUUCCAUCCCCCUGGUAUCCAAGGUUCCCACCAUAAUUCUUGGAAUGGACGUAUCACAUGGCUCUCCCGGCCAGUCUGACAUCCCAUCAAUUGCUGCAGUUGUAAGUUCAAGGCAAUGGCCUUCAAUUUCUCGUUAUAGAGCUUCUGUUCGCACUCAAUCUCCAAAAGUGGAGAUGAUUGAUAACUUAUUUAAAAAAGUUUCAGAUACUGAGGAUGAUGGGAUUAUGAGGGAGCUUUUGCUAGAUUUUUAUGCAAGUUCCGGAAAGAGGAAGCCUGAGCAUAUAAUAGUAUUCAGGGAUGGUGUCAGUGAAUCUCAAUUUAACCAAGUCCUAAAUGUUGAGUUGGACCAGCUCAUCGAGUCCUGCAAGUUUCUGGAUGAAAAGUGGUCGCCCAAGUUUGUGAUCAUUGUUGCUCAGAAGAAUCACCAUACAAAGUUUUUCCAGGCUGGAUCUCCUGAUAAUGUUCCUCCAGGGACAAUUAUAGAUAACAAAGUUUGUCAUCCAAGGAACUAUGACUUCUACAUGUGUGCCCAUGCGGGCAUGAUUGGUACCACUCGACCUACACAUUACCAUGUGUUGUUUGAUGAAGUUGGUUUCUCACCUGAUGAACUCCAAGAGCUUGUUCACAAUCUGUCCUAUGUGUACCAGAGAAGCACUACUGCUAUAUCCAUUGUGGCUCCGAUAAGCUAUGCCCAUUUAGCCGCCACACAGGUUGGACAAUGGAUGAAAUUCGAGGAUGCAUCAGAGACAUCGUCAAGCCAGGGUGGUCUGACAAAUGCUGGUCCAGUUACCGUUCCUCAGUUGCCCCGUCUCCAGGAGAAUGUUUCUAGUUCCAUGUUUUUCUGUUGAGGCCUGUGCGCCUUCUGCUUUCCUUCUUCAUGUGGAUGUUAAUGGAUGCUUAAGACAAAUGGUAUCUGUAAAUAGCUCUAGUGUUAACAGCACACGGAGACUGAACCUUGUGCAAGUAGUGAGUGACCUAAAACUCCUCUCAGCUAAAUUAUUCGGUACAAUAUUAUGCCUGAGUUGGUCCCCAUGCAUUUAUUUUUUGCGCUAUGGUUCUCUUGAACAAUUUUGCACCUGUGAAUGCAUGGGGAUUAACCUUGUUGUAACAAUGCUCUGCAAUUAUGCUAUUCAUGUAAAUGGCAGUGUGGGAUCUUGGUAGGCUUCUAAAAA